AAUUUACUUUUUUCCAGAGAUGUAGAGAGCUCUGACAGUGUGCAUGAAAAGGAAUAUGUUCCUGGUGAAGACGGAGCUAGAAAAGCAGAUAACAUGGACAUUGCCAGGGUGGAAAGACACAAGAAAAGAAAACACAAACAUCGGAGCAAGCACAGAAAACAUAAAUAUCCCUCACCAGAUGAGAGGGACCACAAGCACAAGUACAAACGCAAACAUAAGCGGAAACACAGAGACUCAAUCCGGGAUGAUCAAGACUGUUCUGCUGGCUAUGAAGGUGCAGUCAUCUCUUCAAAGCGAUCCAGACUUUAUGACCUUGCUGCUCUGGAAGAUUUGGAGAAACAAAAGGCAAUGAUUCAAGCAGAGCUUGGUAUGGAGCUGAUGGAAGGGGCUGUGCAAUCAGGUAUGGGACUGAUAUUACAGGGUUAUAACUCUGAUUCAGAGGAGGAUGAGGAGAUCCAUCAAGCUGUGCGAAAUGGUGAGCAGAGAGAAGAUUUUGAUGAGCAAUUAAUAGCAGUGGGACUUGCUGGAAGAUCUCGACAGGACUACAUAGAUGAUGAAAAAAUGUAUCCCAGGCUGGAAGACAGAAGCACGUCUGACGAGACAGUUCGGGCCCAUAAAUCAGAAAAAAAAGCUAGUAAGAAUGGGUUUGAUGCUAACAUUAGUGAGAAACCUAGUGCUCCCAUCCAGGCAAGGGAGCGGAGACAAUCCCAAAGCAUUGAGAGAUCCAAAGACAGUGGUCAGAGGUCUAAAUCUCCUGUGAAGUCCAAGGGAUUGCCAUCAAGCAACAAAAAAUCAACUACACAGCCUGAAGAGCAAAUUGAAGACCACAGAUCCUCAGCAAGAAGAAGCAAGUCUAGGUCUAAAGAAAGAAACACAAACUUGCCAGAAUCUGACAGAGAGAGAGACAAGAAAUCAGUUAAAGCACCCUCAAAAGAAUCCUCAUCUGGAAAAGAGAAUCAAUCUCCUAGCAGAAAACAAGGUCGGGAACAACACAGACUCUCUGUUCAGUCCAGGGGCCACCGCUCACCCGAACGUGUCGUUGAGAGCACAGACAGGGCAUCCAGACAGGAAAGAGCUUCAUGUCACAACAGAUCCCCUCCAAGGAAAGGCCCAUCUCGGUCUCGGCAGAGAUUCUCCAAUGACAGGAUGCGAUCUCGUGAUGCCGCAGGAAGCCAUAGAGAGCAGAGUCCCUCUCUGAACUCCAGACGAAGGUUAAACCACUCCCCUGUCAGACGAAGGUCCCGUUCUCCUAGGAGACGAACCAGCAGGUCUCCUCUCACACACAGAUCUAGGGAGCAUGACAGGAUGGAGCGCAGACAGAAGGUGCGUUCAAAAUCACGGGAAAGGAGAAAGAGAUGGAGCAGGGAAAGAGAGGACAUGUUUAAGGGCAGUCUAUCUGAAGGAAUGAAGCCUGAACAGGAGGACUCAGAUGAUGCAGUGCUGGAGGAUUAUGACAUUGAUGAAGAGGACGAGGAGGCUUUGAUAGAGCAGAGGAGACUUCAGCGCUUGGCCAUCAUUCAGAAAUAUAAGCCAGUAAAUGAGGACAGUAACAUGUCAGGACUCUCAGAUCACGGCAGUCCUCAGAGUAGCACUCAAAGCAGAUCGCCAUCACCUGAUGACAUCCUGGAGCGUGUGGCUGCUGAUGUCAAAGCCUACGAGCAAGAGAACCUGGACACUUUUGAGGAUAAUGUGAAGGCCAAGCAUAGUCUUGUUUCUCAAGAACAAAAUGGUGGUAAUCAGAAAAAGCCACCAGCGCCUGAUAUGUUCACAGAGUCAGAUGACACGUUCACUGCUUACUUUGACAGUGCCAGGUUACGGGCCACAGGCAUUGGCAAGGACUUUAAGGAGAACCCAAGUCUCAGAGAUAACUGGACAGAUGCAGAGGGCUACUAUCGUGUGAACAUUGGUGAGGUGUUGGACAAACGGUAUGGAGUUUACGGCUACACUGGACAUGGUGUCUUCAGUAAUGUGAUCCGAGCCAGAGACUUGGCCCGAGCCAGUCGGGAAGUGGCAGUGAAAAUAAUCCGCAACAAUGAGAUGAUGCAAAAGACAGGUCUCAAAGAGCUGGAGUUUCUGAAGAAACUGAAUGACGCAGAUGUAGAUGACAAGUUCCACUGUUUACGUCUCUUUAGACACUUUUACCACAAGCAGCAUCUGUGUCUGGUGUUUGAACCACUCAGCAUGAACCUGCGGGAGGUCUUGAGGAAGUAUGGUAAGGACGUUGGGCUACACAUCAAGGCUGUGCGUUCGUACAGCCAGCAGCUUUUCCUGGCCCUCAAACUCCUCAAACGCUGCAGCAUCCUGCAUGCUGACAUCAAACCCGACAACAUUCUUGUGAACGAAUCCAAGACCAUCCUCAAGUUGUGCGACUUUGGCUCAGCGUCACAUGUGGCUGACAAUGACAUAACACCUUAUCUGGUCAGCCGCUUCUACAGGGCACCUGAGAUCAUCAUCGGAAAGUCAUAUGAUUACGGAAUCGAUAUGUGGUCUGUGGGCUGCACUCUCUAUGAACUAUACACAGGAAAAAUCCUUUUCCCCGGAAAGACAAAUAACCACAUGCUGAAACUUGCCAUGGACCUGAAAGGAAAAUUGCCUAAUAAAAUGAUCAGAAAGGGUCUGUUCAAGGACCAGCACUUUGACCAAAGCUAUAACUUUUUGUAUACAGAGGUCGACAAGGUCACUGAGAGGGAAAAGGUCACUGUCAUGAGUACCAUUAACCCAACUAAGGACCUGUCAAUGGAUAUGGUGGGUCGCCAGGCGCUACCAGAGGACCAGCGAAAGAAGGUUAUUCAGCUCAAAGAUCUGUUGGACCAGAUUCUGAUUCUGGAUCCUGCCAAGCGGAUCACCAUCAACCAGGCAUUACAGCAUCCUUACAUCCAGGAGUGCAUAUGAUCAGCAGCAAAUCUCAGAGAUUUAUGAUGGUUUUGUAUAUGCAGAUAUGACUCGGACAACAAAAGAUGUUUGCAUAUUUCAUUGCCAUGCUGUUUUAUUUGUAGUACAUUUCAGAUCAGGACAAGAUUCAAGAUUUACUUUAUUUUAUUAUUAUUAUAAUUAGAUGACCUACAAGACACCCUGUAAGCUGUAAAGAGAAAAUCUUUCAAGAUAAUCUUUUUUCAGAUUGCAUGCUUUAUACACAGCUUCUUGCUAAUAAUAAUGUCAAAUAUAUUUGAUAUUAUGCUCAAUGUUCAGAGUGUAAAACUAUCCAGUUCACAGACUUCAUAUUUUAUGUAAAAUUCUAGAAUUUUAUGUAAACCAAAUAUUACUCAACCACCAAGGACUGUUUAGAGUGCAACUUAUUUAAGACCAGCAUAAAUGCUGUCUAUAUCCACCCUCCCUUAGGUGUGAGAGUGAGAACUCAACCUGGCGUGCAGGCCCACGGCAUUGCUCUAGGUGUGUCUCUGCAGAAUCUGAGGUCUUGGGUCCUGCUUGACCUGGUCUGCAGGGAAGGCCUUCUCUGUAAAGGCAGGUUGUACACCUCUAUCGGUACACUGAAGGGGUUUUCCCGCUCUGAUCUAUGAAUCUGCUUGUUACAAGCGGUAAUUGCUUCUUUAUUCAUAUCUCAAUUCCUUUUGUUUCAUAUCUAAAAGACAGACCGGUCAUAGAGUAUGCUGGAAGAAUUAUCUGCCUGUUAUUUUUUUGCCAAGCUUGUCCUGCAUGAUAAUGGAAUAAUUAGAAUUUAUUGUAAAUUCACAUUAUUUGUUAUCAUUAAACAAUAUAAAAAUAAAGCUGUUUUGUGGUGGAAAAAAAAACAUGAAUUUAGAGUUCCCACAAGUUGUCUGUCUUUCAAGAAUUUUCACUUGAGUUAAUCAUAACACUGUAAGAACAUUACUCAGUGUCUUUGGAACCUUAUGGUGGGUUUUGUUUCAUUGACACUAACUGCUGUUUGUGCUGUUUCUCCCACUUUUUCUUUGUGUUCGAGUACAUUCUCUGGCCAAUGGAGACAUGUCUGUCCAUCAUCCUCCUGCCUGCCUCUGCUUUCAAAGGGACGAGACCUCUUCAGGGCUCUUUAUCCAGGUCACUCCUAAAGGCAUGUUUAGAUCCAACACAAAGCAAAGAUCUGAUUAGAAAUGAACAGCCAGUUCAGAGCGCUGGUUCUCAUAGGAUUAAUGUUCACAUUUCAUCUGUAGUAUCGAUAAAUUAAUUUUACAUUUCUAAUCCAGUUUUUUGGGGCUGAACAUAUGAGAUGAUAUCAAUGAACUUUACAGCAUACAAUGGGUUUUUGAACUGCCCAAAACCCCAAAUAUGAUGAUAAAUAUAAAGAUAGCUAUAUAUAUUCUUUUUUUUAAACCCCCUUUUUUUGUAUGUUUAAAUUCAAUGAAAUAUAACAUAGAAAAAAAAUGAAAAAGACAACAGAAUAAUGAUCACAGAAUAACCUAUCCGUAUUCAGCUUUGUGAGGACCUUGCAUUGACUUUAUCCAUUGGUGUGUACCACAGAGGUUCGUUCUAGGAACGUUUUUUAUUCAAGACCUAAGUGGACUGAUUUAGUCACCUUUUGUUGUCGGCUGAUGAUUGUGUAUUUCCCCAGGAUAUUUCAAGAAUGUGUGCUUAGUGUAAUGUAUCAAGAUACUGGUAUAUUUAUUCUCUGUAUUGUAGGUGCUGUCUGUUAAAGAAGACUCUUAAAGGAAAUCUCAUCUGGAAAAGGUUUCUGUUUUAGAGUGAGCUCUUGUGAGAAUUAAGCUGUUAAGUGUUAAAAUGUUCCCUACUUUCAUGGCCACAUGUGACUCCCAAGUGUGAGAGAGAUCUUGACGGCCAGCUGCUGUCCUACUCUAUUAUUGAAGUGCCUUUCAAGAGCUCAUCUUCUUAUCCAGUCAAAGGGGAAAUGACCAAAAUCUGUGCACAGCAUAACAAUACGUUCAUUUUUUGUCAGAAUAUACAGCCAGUAUUUCACAAGAAUAUUAAUAAAUGGUGAAUUUUACAAUUA